AUGGUGAUAAGUAAAUAAAUGCAUAAUAAUUAUAAUAGUUGUGGGGCUUGCGUUGCUAAGUUUAUUUGAAAUAAUUUGUUUGCUUUAUUUCAGGUUUAUUUUUAUAUUUAUCUUAGAUAAUCCAGGCAAGUACAAGCGAAUCCUAAUUAUGCUAUAAUAUAUUUGCAGCAUAAAUAUGUAAAUGUUAAAGCUGUAAAUUUUUUGGAAUUUAUCAAUUAUUCUUGA